AUGUCUACCCCAUCGAGCCAGAUGAACACUUCCGCCCAUAUGGGUCAGUCGAACUACUCUCCUGUUGAUGCCGUCAAUCGACACGACUUUGGAGUUCAGAAAAACAGGAAGCCGGCUUCUACAGGAGGAGGAAGAGCUUGGAGUGAGGAUGAGGAAGUAUAUCUUCUGCAGACCCGCCUCCAAAAAAUGCCAUAUAAGCACAUUGCAGCUCAUCUGAAAAAGACUGAGUUGGCCUGCCGCUUGCAUUACCACCAGCUCUCCCAUGGGAGCAACCGCCGCAAGAGGACCAACUCAAUCACUUCUUCCAGUGCUGGGUCCUCUGGUCACUCUCCCAUUAUGCCAGUGUCCAUGCCAUCUCCCAUCAGCGAAUCUGCUCCAAUGCAACCCGCCUCUCCGCCGACAUACACAUACUCUCCGCAAACCCCGACCCACGUACAGCUCCCAGCAGCCUCUACCCUCCUUCCUCGCUCUACCUCGAACAGUCCUUCCCGGAUUCUCAGUCACCCGGUUGCUAUUCUUCCCAAGCCAUCUCCACCUCGCCGCGCUCUUUCUGAUUCCGGUGUCAAUCCACCACUUCGUCUCGACUGUGGGGCCGUUUCUAAUUCAAUCAACGUAGUUAGCAUUGACAAGGAGCGUCUUCGUCGCAUCUAUGAAGCUCACUGUGGCUCAUUCUGGAGUAUCAUUGCAGCUGAGUAUGGGGGUGGGGCAUCUCCAUUUUUGCUCGAAGAAGCAUGGAAGCGUGGAAUUGCAACCAAUGCUCCUCCGACUCCUUGCAUUUCUCCUGAUGCCCACAUUAUCAGCAAUGGAACCUAUCAGGGUUACAGCGCCCAGCCCAUGCAGCAACUGCCUACCCCUGUCACCGAGAACAAGAACAGUGCUACAAGCAUUUCUGCGCUCUUGGGUAUUGAUGCCAGUCCACGCAGCCCAAAAGAGCGAGAGUUAAUUAAGAGAAUGGAAGAGCGAAGAGAGAGUCGCGACGUGAUUAUGGCCGGAGUUGAGAUGGGCCAGAGACUCAGUGAAUAG